GCCGUCGCACACAACUGACGUCACCAAGGAGGCACGUUAGUUGUCGCACAUCAGGAUUUCAGCCCCGCUCCUCAAACAAGUUCAGUACACCAUCAUGGGGAGGGCUCCUGACUUGUCAGAAGCCCAGAAGGACAUCAUCGACACCCUCCACAAAGAGGGUCGGCCGCACAAGUUCAUCGCCGAAAAGGCCGGCUGUUCGCAGAGCUCCGUGUCGAAGCACAUCAACGGAAAGUUGAGCGGAAGAGACAAGUGCGGGAGGAAAAGGUGCACCAGCAACAGAGAUGACCGCAGCCUCGAGAGGCUUGUCAAGGAAGGUCCGUUCAAGAACUUGGGAGAGCUUCACAAGGAGUGGACCGAGGCUGGCAUCAAUGCAUCGAGAGCCACGGCGCACAGACGCCUUCAGGAAAAGGGCUACUACUGUCACUUUCAUAGCGCAGACAGCAUGGCGAAGAAUAAGCAAAAAGGGAAAAAACAGAAGAAUGUCUUUCAAGUGGCAAACAAACACUUGAAGACCAAGAACAAAGCGAAGCCCGUCACGUCGGCACUCAAACACAUCACUGCAGGGAAAAAGGAGAAGGUGGAGAGCCUAAAUCAAAUCUUCACAGAAGUCCAGAGGGAUGUCACGAGCAUUUCCAAGUCCGUCGCUCCCGAACCAAAGAAACAAACACAGGUUGUCAGAGAGCCACCAAAGGAAUCCGUAAACGUAGAUAACGCUGCUCAACUCUUCUCUCAGCUAUAAUGGACCAUCGAGUACCAACUAUCUUCAACAGCUGAUCUGCUUUGUUUCCAACGCCUUUCGUCAAAGUGACAACUGCAGAAUCAGAAGAAGCUGCUUCAACAGCACCACGCUAAACCUUAUGUGUACCUCAGAAUUUCUGUAUAUUCAGUGCAGGAAAAUGUAAUUAAUCGACAGACUUCUGCACUGUCAGUCACGGUAUCGUCUCAGAAUAGAUUUUGUAUUUUUACUGAUGGAUGUUCUGUCGUUUGAAAAUGUUUUGCUUCAACUAAUGAGUAUUUUUCAUUGCUGAUUAUUCUGAUUUUCUUCAUUAAUUUUUGUUUUCAAAAUGUGAAAAGAGUAAAAAAAAUGAUCAGCGGAUGUCUUCAAAUCCAGAAGUGAUUUAUACGACAAACUAGAUGUGGAAUUGUGCCCAAACGAUUAAACCGUGAACAAAUUAAAAUUGCCAAUCAUCAUUCUGUUAGAGAGACAAACAUAUUCAUUAACUGUUAUUGUUUUACUUUGUUUAUUAAACCUGAUGUGGGAUCCUUGUUCAUCAUUUUGAAUCUGCAAUAACUUUUUCAAAAGAAUUAUA